AUGGAGCCUCACCGUCGACGUCAACACCAUAGCUGCGAUCCAUGUCGGAAGGGGAAGAGGGCCUGCGAUGCUCCCGCUCGCAGAGACCGGCACGCUUCAACUUCAUCUGUAUCGGGAGCAUCAGCAGCACGCGAGGAGGCGGGGAGUCGAAGAGUGCCAGCAGAGAGCAAUCUCAAUAUCCCGUGCUCGAACUGCAGGAAAUAUAAUCGAGAAUGCACGUUCAACUGGUUAGUCGAGAACCGGGCCGCCGCGCGGGGGGUUCGAAAGCAGAAAGGUCGUAAUGCGAGCAACUUGCCUAGAGCUGAGGGAGAUGUGAUUUCAAGCCGCUCGGGGACGGACCUGCUGGACGAUAUGCUAUUCUCCUCGUCGUGGAUAUCCAACAAUCCCGGGAAUGGGGUGUCGAGUGGUUCUGUCGAUCAGCCAGGGAGUUGGUCGAUGCAGCCGAAUGCUGUCUCGAUACCGCUGAGAGGCAGGGAAUCUGAGCUCGACCCGUUCAGUAUCAUGCUUUGGAACGCGAACACAGCUCAGGUACCGUCGAGCAAUGCGGAAACGUCGGGCUCAGCCGAGGACAGUUGUUCGAGCUUUGACUACUACCAGCAGAGCUUGUCGAGUUCGGGACCGCACUCUCUCGAUGAGACUCUCGAUUUGCUUCAACAAUUUGAUGAUUCAAGCCCGGGACUGAAUGGUUCUUAUUACUCCUCGUCACCUGGCUUUGUGAUACCGGAUAGCAGCGGUGACGGUCUACCAACGUUCUCAGCGGACAGUGUAUAUCCGUCUGGGAAUAAAGAUAAUCUAUUUGUUCUUUCCGAUAAUAUUUCCGACAGCUAUGCCCGCUCGAUGAUGACACAGAAUCUCAUCCGCAUAUACCAUGACAGCAUGGAGAAUGCGUUGUCCUGCUGGCUCACGGAGCAGAACUGUCCCUACAACACGGCAGUCCCAUACGCCUCACCGAGUGGACUUUCUAGUAAAGCGCAAGCGGCAUGGGGACCGAACUGGACGAACCGGAUCUGUACCCGAGUCUGUCGGCUAGAUCGAGCGUAUGCUUCUGUCCGUGGUCGAAAUCUGAGUGCCGCAGAAGAGAAACUGGCAUCGAGGGCUCUCCACACCGCGAUUAUGGCAUUCGCCUCGCAGUGGGCACAGAAGAUGCCGAGAAGCAAUGGCUUUUCGCCGACCUCGCCCGUCGCGCAGCACGAGCGUGUAAUCCGGGAGAACUUGUGGAACCAGGCGCGUCGGGCUCUGGAGAACGCAGCGGGUAUUCCUUCUUUCCGGAUUGCGUUUGCGAACAUCAUUUUCUCCAUCGGACAGCGUCCUCUCAACGUGGACGAGGAUAUGGAGCUGCACGAGCUGCUGGAGAAUGACAGCGCGCCCUUGUUCAUGGAGGCGGCUGUGCGCCAGCUAUUCUCCAUCCGAUAUAAACUGACCCGCCUGGAGCGGCAGAAACCAAAGUCGCAAAGUUCGCCGCAGCAGAGCAAUAUCGAUCUACCCAGCAUGGCCGAUACACCCUCUCCACAGACGGACGCAUUCUACGCCGACCCCGAGCACCAGGAAACCGUCAACCUUCUUUUCUGGCUGGUGGUCAUGUUCGAUACCCUGCAGGCCGCCAUGUAUCAGCGUCCGCUGGCCAUCUCCGACGAGGACAGCCAGAUAACGUCCGUGUCGCCAUCCAACGCAAAAACCGACAGCAGCGUCGACCUCGACGGCUGGAACAUCACAUAUACCCGCGCCCUGAAGGAGAAACAAGACCUGUGGGGCGACUUCUUCCUCCACAAACGGGCCGCACCCCAGGGCUCGAACCCGCCGCGCUGGCCAUGCUCCUACGAAGAAGCCGCAGAGAUCCUCUCCGACGCAAGCCCCGUCAAAGUCCUGCUCUUCCGACAGGUCACCCGCCUCCAGACCCUCGUCUACCGCGGCGCGAGUCCUGAGCGCCUCGAAGAAAUCAUCCAGAAGACUCUCCGCAUCUACCAACACUGGAACACCACCUACAAGCAAUUCUUCCAGAGCUGCAACGCCAACCACGACGACCUCCCCCCGCGCAUCCAGUCCUGGUACGUCAUCGUUGCAGGACACUGGCACCUCGCAGCCAUGCUGCUAGCCGACACUGUCAAAGGCAUCGACGAGGGCCGACUGGGUCUGGAAAGCCGCCGCGAGGCGCGCACCGCAAUCGACUUUGUCGCGACCCUCCGACGGGACAACGCGCUGGCCGUCGGUGCCAUCGCGCAACGCAGUCUGCAGGGCCGGGAGUCCCUCGCGAACCGGAUCCGGUUCUACCACGACGCGGUGAACGAGGCUGCGUUCCUGACUGAGCCGUGGACGCUCGUCCUUAUUCGCUGUUUCGCCAAGGCGGCUUACAUUCUUCUGGACGACAUCACGCCGCUAUCGCACGGCUAUAGACCGGACGAUCCGUCCGAGUACGCAAGGCGGAACUGCGAGUUCUGCAUCGCGGCGUUGUGGUGUCUGGGGACGAAAUCGGAUAUGGCGUUUGUGGCUGCGCGGUCGUUGUCGAAUCGGUUGGAUAGGAGGCUGGGGAAGGGUUCUGGUCCAGUUUGUUCUGUAGGGGAGGGUGUCCGGAUUCCCUCUAUGCCGCUUUUUGAUGAACGGAUAUCUGGGAGUUGA